AUGCCAGUGCAUCCAGCCCUCCUCAAGACACUCAACCUGCUCACCUUUAUCGGUGCAGUCUCGACCAUCGUCUACAACCGCAAGUUCAUCACCGAGGAACUCGGCCAGCGCCCCAACUACCUCUCCAACUCCCCCGUCGGAUACAUCAUCCCCGCCAUCAACUGGUUCCUCCUCGGAGGCUUUACCCUCGUCCAAUGGCUUGAUUUUGCCCACGAUGUUGUCGUCGAGGCCAUCGACUGGAACCUUUCAGCCUCUAACCUCAUCAUCGCCUCCUGGGUUCUGUCCUGGAAAUACGACUGGUUGGUGGUGGGCCAAAUCCUGUUGGUCAUCAACGCGGUGCUUAUCUGGAGACUCUACGUCAAGAUGCGCGUCUUCACCGCAACCAACUUGAUCGAUUACGCCUUUGUCCACGUUUCCUUCUCUCUCUACACCGGCCUCGUCUGGCUCGAUGUCUUCCAAAACUUCUUUGCCGCCUUCACCAACAAGGAUGGUGGUCCCGACUCCUGGGCUGCCAUCGGUGCUGCUUUCGCCAUUUUUAUCCUCUUGGCCAUUGGAAACUACCACGCAGAGUUCUCCAAGGAUCCAGACUCGUGGUCUGGCGCUGCCAUUGCCUUGAUGCUUCUGAGCAUCGGCAUUGAGCAGGGAAGCGCAGUUCCCAUUGUCCAGAUCACCAGCUUGGUCAGCUUUGGUUGGUUGGUCGGAGCUCUUGCCCGUCGUGGGAUCAACAACGUGGCUCUCUGGCACGAGCGCGCCCAGGAUGACAUCUCUGUCGGCGAGAGACGCGGUCUCUUGGGAUAA